CACAAUCGCCGCACACACACACACAUAGGUCUACUCUGACAACGGUUAUGUGAAGCUACUAAAUAAAGGGAAAAUGAAGUGGACAGCAGCACUGGCCGAUGCCAUCGCAGUUCUUCGUUUGACCCUCUUAUUCUUCGGAAUGAUCUUCCUGCUGAUAUGUCUUUCAAAGAAAAACUCUUCAUUAACAUUCCGGAAACGGUUCCUCAUAUUUGCUGGAUUGGUCUACCUUCUGGGAUUGCUGCCUCAGUCAUUACUUCUACUACUAGUGAAUUCAGAUUUAGUCAGUCUGAUGUUAGAUAAUGGAUACCUUUGCUCAAUUCAAAAAGGUGCCUGUAUAAUCGCCGUUGCACUUCAUAGCCUCAUAUUCUUAAGUUGGAUGUUAAAGCAUGUGCAGGAGAAGGAAUACGAUGCGGAAGGAAAAUUCAGAAUUUUAGUAAUCAUCCUCAAGCAUAAACUCUUUCCAUACGUGGCAGCUGCCUAUAUACUUGUGAUAAUCAUUUUCCGGGGAUUAUUUUUGUACAACGAUGAAGCUACACGCUCAUAUAAAGAUGUAGCUGCGAUAUCUGGGAGCAGUUCCUAUAUUUCUUUGCCUGUCGGUCAGCCGACGCAAAUAAUUCGCCUACAGCUAAUGCUAUGCGAGAGCACAUUUUCAGAAAAUGUCAUGAAAAAUUAUUUGAUAUCUUGUUACGUGUUGCUUAUCCUGCCAUUUAUUCUAUUGUGCCUUGUAAAAACUUUGCCAAGAAGUGAGAUGCUAACUAAAGAAGUUGCGACUGUGUGUGAAGCCUCACCACCGGGAUGGCAACAGGCGAUCUGGUGGGAUAAUGGAGGAAACGUGAUGUACCUCCUCUCGGCGUCCUUAGUAGUUUGGUAUUACAUUUUCCAGCCAUUGGUAUUUUUUUACCAUCGGGAGCAUUUCGUGGAUUUUGUUACUCAUUUCAUCCUCACUAUUUGUGUGUUCGUACCAUGGACUUACUUCGCAAAGGAACGUAAAGAUUCCAUCUCUUGGAUCUGAAGUAGAAGGCGCUAUUUAAGUGCAUUUUACAUAUUUUUAGAAAUACUUGUCUUCAUUUUUUUUUAUUUGUUUAGUUUUAAAAGUUCUUAUUUAUUUCUCCGAUUUAGACGACAUUGUAAUC